AAUUAUUCAGACUCAUUCUAGAAAAAUAAAAAUGUAAGAAAUUAAUAAGUACAUAAAGUUUAGAAUGAGAAUUACAAUAAGCCAUGUAAUUGCCCUUAAUCUCAGCUGCAGUUUCCUUUAUGGCACCUUUCCUUCCAACAGCACUCUUUUCUUCCUCAGAAACCUACAAAGCCUCAAUCUUGCCUGGAAUGAUUUUAGGCUUUCCAAGAUUCCACCAGAAAUCAGUCAGUUUACUAGACUAAAGCAUCUUGAUGUCUCUUCUUCUGGAUUUUCGGGCCAAGUUCCAACAGAAAUCGCUCACCUCCCCAAGUUAGUUUCUCGCAAUCUCUCUAGAUUCUUCUGGUGGGAUGAUUCUCCUGAAUUGAUCCUUGAAACAACUACCUUCAGAAAUCUUGUUCACAACUUGAGCGAGGUGAGAGAACUUGUGCUUAGUGGAGUGAACAUGACAUCUGUUAAUCCUCGUUUCUUCAUGAAUCUCUCUUCUUCAUUGACUACUCUUGAUCUCUGGAAGAGUGCAUUAAGAGGAAACUUUCCAAACAGUAUUUUCUGCUUUCCAAAUCUCAAGAAUUUUUAUUUAAGUGGAAACCAGAACCUCACUAUUGAUCUUCCAAGUUCCAAUUGGAGCAGUCCUCUCCAACAGUUGUAUUUAGAUAAUAUGGAUUGCGGAAGGCGAUUGCGAGAGUCUGUAGGAGAUCUUAAGUCAUUACAGUAUCUGUAUCUUGGCUGCAACUUGGAAGGUUCCAUUCCAGCUUCCAUAGGGAACUUAUCUCAACUUAUUUCCCUAAGCAUCUCUUCUAACAAUCUUAGCGGACAAAUCCCAUCAUCACUUGCAAACCUCACACAACUUACCUUUCUUGACCUUUCCAAUAAUCAGUUUUCUGGUCCCAUUCCAGCCUCCAUAGGUAACUUAAGGCAACUUACUGGCCUAGACCUCUCUUCUAACAAUCUUAGUGGACAAAUCCCAUCAUCACUUGCAAACCUCACCCAACUUACCUCUCUUUACUUUUCAAAUAAUCAGUUUUCUGGUCCCAUUCCAGCCUCCAUAGGUAACUUAAGGCAACUUACUGGCCUAGACCUCUCUUCUAACAAUCUUAGUAGACAAAUCCCAUCAUCACUUGCAAACCUCACCCAACUUACCUCUCUUUACUUUGCAAAAAAUCAGUUUUCUGGUCCCAUUCCAGCUUCCAUAGGUAACUUAUCUCAACUAAUUGACCUAAGCCUCUCUUCUAACAUCUUUAACGGACAAAUCCCAUCAUCACUUGCAAACCUCACCCAACUUACCUAUCUUUACCUUUCCUAUAAUCAGUUUUCUGGUCCCAUUCCAGCUUCCAUAGAAGCUGACAUGUUCUCGGCACUUCAAAAUCUCGAAAUUCUUGACCUUUCUCAUAACAGCUUAAUUGGGAAGAUUCCAAAUUGUCUUCCCAAGUCUCUCUCAGUGCUGAAUUUGCAGGCCAAUUACUUUGAUGGAAAUAUAGCAUUUGGGUUUCCAGAGGGCUGUGGAUUACGAAAUCUCAACUUUCAUGGAAAUCAAAUGGACGGCUUAUUACCAAGGUCUUUGGUGAAUUGUCGCAUGUUAGAGGUUCUAGACGUUGGCAACAACAACAUAAGUGAUACAUUCCCUCAUUGGUUGGAAUCUCUACCAGACCUUCAAGUGCUUGUCUUAAGGUCCAACAAGUUCCAUGGUUCUGUGCAGAGCACCAAAGAAAGUCCAUCUUUUCCCAAGUUGCGAGUUCUGGACCUCUCCAGCAAUUAUUUUGUUGGUGCUUUGCCUGUUCGGUACAUUGAAAAUUUUAAUGCGAUGAUGGACCCUCAUAAAGAUGGUGGUGAGGUUUUAGGCCUGGAUUUGGAGUCUCUGAAGAUUUUGCUGAAGUGGGGGGUCUUUCUGGGGGCGAUGUUUUGUGGUUUUUGGGUUUUCUGGUGCAAGAGGGUGCUUGCGGUGGAGGAAGUGGUGAAUGCAAGACCAAGGUGUGAUUCUGACCGCACUUUAGGUCUAUCUGCAUUAUUCUCAAUGGCAGAGACUUCUAUAACUACACUUGUGGCCAUGGAAGAGCCAUUCUAUGGUACAAUUUGCUUAUACAAUAGGGAGAGAAGAGAAAAUUUGUCAAAAGAUUUCUAUUUUAGCAUUCUACCAACUGAAAUGCAGGAUACUAAUAAGUGUCUUCAGAACCUCGUGGACUUUUCUAUUUAGAUGCUCCAUCAGCAUCUGUGUGUCUACUAAUCCAAUUAGAGAAGCCUGCAACAGAAGAAGGGGGCGUCACUCCUCCUGUUUAUUCAUGUAAAGAACCUGUAUGUAUGAAGAACUUAUAUGUUUCCAUCUUGUUCAUCUUCAAUCUGACCUCUGAUUAAAUGUGACAAAAUUUCUCUUUUGUUGGCUUGCUUGUUACCUGGCAGCAAGAAUUUUACCUGUUGGCUUGCUUGUUACCUGGCAGCAAGAGUUUUACCUGUUGGCUUGGUUGUUAUCUGGCGGCAAGAAUUUUAACUAUUGCCCCCUCAUCAUCUGUCUUUCAAUUGGUUUUAACUAUAGUUCUUACCGUGGAAAAUAAUGGCUCUGCAUCUGCUAGAUAAGUUAGCUAAUCAUUGGCAUUGCAAUUAAUGCUUGAUAUAUUGUAGUUUUUGGGCCAGGGUGAUUAACCAUUAGCUGAGAUGGUGGAGCAUUUGGUCUUUCUCUUACAGCAAGAUAAUUGUGAAAUUAGUAAUUCUUCAGUGGAUUUUCAUCCAUACUGAUUUUCAUCCAUAUUCAUUCAUCUAUGCUCCUACUGCUACAUAUUACCAUACUUUCUUUUAUCUAUGCUUCCUUACAAAUUAUAAAUGACUUCUAUUGUG